AUGAACGGAUACGGCGGCCAUCAGGCGCCUCCGGUGUCGACAUGGGCAGAGCAUCAUACGCCGGAUGGACGAGCCUACUACUACAACAGUGCAACCCAGGUGACGCAAUGGACGAAGCCGGAGGAGAUGAUGACGCCGGCAGAGCGUGCACUGUCGUCGCAGCCAUGGAAAGAGUACACGGCCGAGGGCGGGCGCAAGUAUUGGUACAAUACCGAGACUAAGCAGAGCUCCUGGGAAAUGCCCGAAGUCUUCAAGGCUGCCCUUGGCCACAACAGCGUACCUGCUGCGACGCCCUACAACCAAGGCAACGCGCAGACAGGAUACGACUCUCACCGCGACCCUCGUGAUGCCCGCGACCAUCGCGACCGAGGAGACCGUCGUGACCGAGGGGACUACCGCGAUCAUCGAGACCACCGUGAUUACCGCGAUCGCGAUCGCGAUUCAUAUGCCGAUGCACGACAGCUUGCCGCUCCUAUCGAUCCCAAAGUCAAGGCGUUCGUGCCUGCCAACGACGAUCCCGACUACGCUACAUUGGAAGAAGCAGAGGCUGCUUUCGCGAAACUUCUUCGCCGUAGUGGUGUGCAGCCAGAUUGGAGCUGGGAGCAGGCCAUCCGCGCCUCGGCCAAGGACCCUCAGUUCCGCGCCAUCAAAGACCCCAAAGACCGUCGCGCUGCCUUCGAAAAGUACUGCCAGGAUGUCGUCACGCAGGACAAGGAGCGCGCUGCAGAGAGAAUGGCAAAAUUGCGGACCGAUUUCGAGACCAUGUUGAAGCGUCAUCCCGAGAUUAAACACUAUACCCGCUGGAAGACUGCGCGACCCAUUAUUGAGGGCGAGACCAUCUUCCGAUCCACGAGUAACGAAAACGAGCGGAGACACCUGUUUGAAGAGUACAUUCAGGAACUCAGAAAAGCACACAAAGAGAAGCAGACAAGUCUUCGGAAGAGUGCAAUGGAUGGACUUCUGGAGCUGUUGCCAAAGCUUGACCUGGAGCCAUACUCCUCCUGGUCCGAAGCUCAGGCGACUCUCUCAUCUACACCGACCUUCCAAGAUGAAGAGAAGUAUAAGUCUCUGACCCAAUAUGAUAUAUUAACAGCGUUCCAAAAUCACAUGAGGGCAUUGGAACGCGCUUUCAACGAUGCCAAGCAAGAAGAGAAGAACAAGGCGCUACGUAGAGAGCGCAAGGUGCGAGAGGCAUUCAAGUCUCUGCUUGUCCAACUACGAAGUGAUGGAAAGAUCAAGGCCGGAGUGACAUGGUCACAGAUCCUUCCGCUUAUCGAAGAGGACGAGCGCUACAUUGCCAUGGCUAGCAACGAACCCUCCAAAGGCUCGACUGCGCAGGAGCUCUUUUGGGACGUUGUGGAAGAAGAGGAACGCAACCUGCGCGGCCCUAGAAAUCAUGUGUUAGAUGUACUCGAAGACAAGCGGGUUGAGAUUACACCCACCAGCGAAUUAGAGGAGUUCAUGUCCAUUAUGAGGGAUGAUCGACGCACUGCUAACAUUGAUCCUGAUCUUCUUAAACUCCUCUUUGAUCGGCUGCGCGAAAAGCGAAACGCGAAACGCGACGAACAGCCUGAGCGCCACCAGCGCCGAACAAUGGACGAUCUCCGCGUCCACCUGAAGCGCAUGGAUCCUCCCGUCACACUCGGUGACACUUUUGACAAGGUACGACCACGAAUACUGAAGGUUGCAGAAUUCCAGUCGCUCCCAGACGAUGCCCUCCAUAGCGUCUUUGACAGACACAUGCGUCGGCUCCGCGAAAAAGACGAGGAGAUGGAACGAGGCGCGCGGCGCUCCAGCGAGCGCGAAGUGCCUCGCCGCGACGGAGAUCGCGCGCGCAGCGAACGCUCGCACCGAAGCGGCGGUGGUGGACGGCGACGCAGCCGCAGUCCCGAGCUGGAUCCCUACGAGGCAGACCGGCGCAAGGCCAUUGCCGAGCGCGAGCGCAAUCAUCGUAAGUCCACCAUGGCCGAGUCUCUACUGGCUAGUGAGCGAGCCGGCGGCGGCCGGCCCUCGCCGCCGCCGCCAGCACGCCGCGAACGCGACCGUGACUCGCGCGACUAUGACCGGCCGAGCCGCUCACGGCGCGAUCUCGACGAUCGCGACUACGACCGGCGCGACAGAGAGGAGGAGAGGGACCGGUACCGCCGCAGGGGCGCGGAUCGAGGUUCGUAUGACGAGCUCCCCUAUGGUGAUGAACGCCCGGCUGGCUCGCGCCGCCGCCGCCAGGACGAAGAGGAUGAUAGAAGAGAUUCCAAGAGACCUAGAAGAGAUCGCUCGCGCGAACGCACACCCCCUCGCGGCGAGCGCCCGAGGGGCAAGACUCCUCCUCCUGCUCCUCGCGCAGCAGCGGCCGCCGCUCCAGACACCGCGGGUAAGGACAAGGAUGCCGAGAUGCUGAGCGGCAGCGAAGAGGGCGAGAUUGAGGAGUAA